AUGUCAGCCGCGCUGGAGAGCCUCAAGGCCUCGAUCGAGCGCAUCAUCCUUGACCCGGCGUACCACGACCUCCUCGCGGUCGCCAAGGGCGCGCGCAAUGGCGCCGUCUACGGGGCCAAGGUGCGCUUCCCGCACGCGUUGGUCAUGGUGUUCCUGUUCCGCUCCGGCACGCUGCGCCAGAAGCUCGACCUCGUCUUCCACGCCACGCGCACCCACGCCCGCAACCUGGCCAAGUUCGCCACCAUCUACAAGCUCACCUGCUACGUGCUGAAGCGCUACGGGGCCACGCCGGGGAAGGAGGGCAACUACGACACCUUCAUCGCCGGCCUCCUCGGCGGCUACUUCGUCUUCGGCGGGCGGUCGUCGCGCACCGGCAAGAUCUCGUCGGUGAACCAGCAGAUCUGCGUCUACGUCUUCGCGCGCGUGGUCCUCGCGCUCGCCCGCCUGGCCGUGAAGCCCGGCCAAGGCUUCGCCGCCGUCUCCACGCCGCGCCGGUCGGCCGCCAUCAGCCACUACGCCUGGCCCGUGUUCGCCUCCGUGUCGUGGGCCAUGGUCAUGCACCUGUUCAGCCACCACCCGGACGACCUGCAGCCCAGCUUGCGCAGCAGCAUGAACUAUAUCUAUCUGCAGUCCAAUGAGUGGGACGGGCUGAGGAAUUUCCGAUCCGACCUAACCGACCUAAACGCCGAAGUCACCACCGGGAACUAUCCCCACGCCGUCUACGAGUGGAAUAGCCACAAAAAGCUCACAGCCCUAGCCAGCCCAGACUCGGACGCCGAAGAGAUCGGCGAGGCCUCGCUGUCCAGCGACGAGGAGGAGCGCCUCAAGCCGCUUCUCAAGCACCACCACGACCCCUUUCUUUUUCAUAGCAGGAUAACGCCCAAGCCCCCGGCGCUGGCCGACAACCACGGCUGCAACGCCAACUUCCAGACCUGCCCGGGCGGUGCGACGGAUUGCACACAGGCGUGUCCGAAUUGCGUUGCGGUUGAGGGGAUGUUGAGGUGCUGGGUCCCGUUCUAG